CAAAUAUUUUCUCCCAUUCUGUAGGCUGCCUUCUCAUUCUGUUGAUUGUUUCCUUUGCUGUAUGGGAAGUUUUUGUUGCCUAUGCUUUUGGUGUCAUAUCCAUGAAAUCAUUGCCAAGACCAGUAUCACAAAGCUCUUUCCCCACAUUUUCUUCUAGAAGUAUUAAGUUUCAAGUCUUGCAUUUAAGUCUGUAGUCCAUUUUGAGUUGAUUUUUGUGUAUGGUGUAAGAUAGGGGUCCAAAUUAAUUCUUUUACAUGUAGAUGUCCAGUUUUCCUAGGAUCAUUUAUUGAAGAUUCUAUCCUUUCUCUAUUGUGUAUUCUUUCAUGCCUAUGGCUCUUGACAGAUUGCAUGUAACGAGCCCCAUCUGAGAAAAACAGUUCCUUUUUUUUGUAAAAGUGCUGUGUGAGGUGACAUGACUACCUGGGUUAUGAACAUUGGUUCCUUUAAAAACUCUUGUAUCUUACUAGUCAGUGAUACUGACUCCAGGGGACAGAGAGCCCCUUGUGCUCUCUCCUGUCCUCAUUGCUGUCUCUACCACUGUGGACGUGUUUGGAAGCCAUGAGUCAUCUGCCCUUCAGCAUCCUCUCCUCAGGAAUGACCCUCCUGAAAUCCUCCAAGACCAACAGCGACAAGUUUGAAAGAGACAGCAUCGAAAUCUUCACGGUGGAGACUCUGGACUUGGGAGAUCUGUGGAAAGUCAGGAUUGGCCACGACAACACAGGCAAGGCUCCAGGCUGGUUUGUAGACUGGGUAGAGGUGGACGCCCCAUCUCUCGGAAAAUGCAUGACGUUCCCCUGUGGCCGCUGGCUGGCCAAGAAUGAAGAUGAUGGGGCCAUCGUCAGGGACCUCUUCCACGCAGAGCUUCAGACGAGGCUGUAUACACCAUUUGUGCCUUAUGAGAUCACCCUGUACACCAGCGACGUCUUUGCCGCCGGGACAGAUGCCAACAUCUUCAUCGUAAUCUAUGGCUGCGAUGCCGUGUGCACUCAGCAGAAGUACCUAUGCACCAACAAGAGGGAGCAGAAGCUGUUCUUUGAGAGGAAGUCAGCCUCCCGCUUCAUUGUGGAGUUAGAAGACGUGGGAGAAAUCAUUGAAAAAAUUCGGAUUGGCCAUAAUAAUACAGGCAUAAAUCCUGGGUGGCACUGCUCCCAUGUGGACAUCCGCAGGCUCCUCCCAGAUAAAGAUGGCACAGAGACCUUGACGUUCCCUUGUGACCGGUGGCUUGCCACCUCAGAGGAUGACAAGAAGACCCUUCGAGAGCUGGUCCCUUAUGACAUCUUUACUGAGAAAUACAUGAAAGAUGGGUCCUUAAGGCAAGUCUACAAGGAAGUGGAGGAGCCUCUGGACAUUGUUCUAUACUCGGUGCAGAUCUUCACAGGAAAUGUCCCUGGGGCAGGGACAGACGCCAAGGUCUACAUCACCAUCUAUGGAGACCUGGGGGACACAGGCGAGCGGUACCUUGGCAAGUCAGAGAACCGCACCAACAAGUUCGAGAAAGGAGCGGCCGACACCUUCAUCAUCGAGGCCGCUGACCUGGGUGUCAUCUACAAGAUCAAGCUCCGCCAUGACAACACCAAGUGGUGUGCAGACUGGUACGUGGAGAAGGUGGAGGUCUGGAAUGACACCAACGAGGACGAGUUCCUGUUCCUGUGCGGGCGCUGGCUGUCCCUGAAGCGGGAGGACGGGAGGCUGGAGAGGCUCUUCUAUGAGAAGGAGUACACUGGGGACCGGAGCAGCAACUGCAGCAGCCCUGCCGACUUCUGGGAGAUCGCCCUGAGCUCCAAGAUGGACGAUGUCGACAUUGCCACAGUGACGGGGCCCAUGGCCAGCUAUGUCCAGGAGGGCCCAGUUAUUCCCUACUAUGUGUCAGUCACCACUGGGAAGCACAAGGAUGCUGCCACUGACAGCCGCGCCUUCAUCUUACUCACUGGGGAGGAUGACGAGCGCAGUAACCGCAUCUGGCUGGACCACCCCCGAGGGAAGAGGGGCUUCAGCUGUGGCUCCGUGGAGGAGUUCUAUGUCGCAGGCUUGGAUGUGGGCACCGUCAAGAAAAUAGAGCUGGGCCAUGAUGGCGCCUCUCCCGAGAGCUGCUGGCUGGUGGAGGAACUGUGUUUGGCCGUGCCCACCCAGGGCACCAAGUACAUGUUGCGUUGCAACUGCUGGCUUGCCAAGGACCGAGGUGACGGCAUCACCUCCCGUGUCUUCGACCUCCUGGAUGCCAUGGUGGUGAACAUCGGGGUGAAGGUACUCUAUGAAAUGACGGUGUGGACGGGUGACGUGGUGGGUGGUGGCACUGACUCCAACAUCUUUAUGACCCUCUAUGGCAUCAAUGGUAGCACAGAGGAAGUGCGACUGGACAAAAAGAAGGCCAGAUUUGAGCGGGAGCAGAAUGACACCUUCAUCAUGGAGAUCCUGGACAUUGCUCCAUUCACCAAGAUGCGGAUCCGAAUUGACGGCCUGGGUAGCCGGCCCGAGUGGUUCCUGGAAAGGAUCCUCCUGAAGAACAUGAAUACUGGUGACCUGACCAUGUUCUACUAUGGAGACUGGCUGUCCCAGCGCAAGGGCAAGAAGACGCUGGUGUGUGAAAUGUGUGCCGUCAUCGAUGGGGAGGAGAUGAUGGACUGGACUUCCUACACUGUCUCAGUUAAGACCAGUAACAUCCUGGGAGCAGGCACUGAUGCCAAUGUGUUCAUCACCAUCUUUGGGGAGAAUGGGGACAGUGGGACCCUGGCCCUGAAGCAGUCAGCCAACUGGAACAAGUUUGAGCGGAACAACACAGACACAUUCAACUUCUCCAACAUGCUGAGUCUGGGCCACCUCUGCAAGCUGCGGGUCUGGCAUGACAACAAAGGGAUGUUUCCUGGCUGGCACCUGAGCUACAUCGACGUGAAGGACAACUCACGUGACGAGACCUUCCACUUCCAAUGUGACUGCUGGUUCUCUAAGAGCGAGGGCGACAGGCAGAUAGUCCGUGACUUUGCCUGUGCCAACAAUGAGAUCCAUCAUGAGCUGGAAGAGACCACCUACGAGAUCGUCAUAGAAACGGGCAAUGGAGGGGAAACCAGGGAGAAUGUCUGGCUCAUCCUGGAGGGCAGGAAGAACCGAUCCAAAGAGUUCCUCGUGGAAAAUUCUUCUCGGCAGCGGGCCUUCAGGAAGGGGGCCACAGACACGUUUGAGUUUGACAGCAUCUACUUGGGGGACAUUGCCUCCCUCUGCGUGGGCCACCUUGCCAGGGAGGACCGGUUCAUCCCAAAGAGAGAGCUGGUCUGGCAUGUCAAGACCAUCACCAUCACAGAGAUGGAGUACGGCAACGUGUACUUCUUUAACUGUGACUGCCUCAUCCCCCUCAAGAGGAAGAGGAAGUACUUCAAGGUAUUCGAGGUCACCAAGACAACGGAGAGCUUUGCCAGCAAAGUUCAGAGCCUGGUGCCAGUCAAGUACGAAGUCAUUGUGACAACGGGCUAUGAGCUCGGGGCCGGCACCGAUGCCAACGUCUUUGUGACCAUCUUUGGAGCCAAUGGGGACACAGGCAAGCGGGAGCUGAAGCAGAAAAUGCGCAACCUCUUCGAGCGGGGCAGUACUGACCGCUUUUUCCUGGAGACGCUGGAGCUGGGUGAGCUGCGCAAGGUGCGGCUGGAGCACGACAGUAGCGGCUACUGCCCCGGCUGGCUGGUGGAGAAGGUGGAAGUCACCAACACCAGCACAGGCGUGGCCACCAUCUUCAGCUGUGGCAGGUGGCUGGACAAGAAGCGCGGGGACAGGCUCACCUGGAGAGACCUCUUCCCUUCUGUCUGA